AUGACUGACUCGUGGAGCUAUGACAAACAAGUGCAAAGCAUGCAAGUCAUCCGGAGCCCGGAGGGUGGUCCGGCGCAUGAUGCAUACCCCCUCCCCACUAACCGAGGUUUCCCCGACUCCCCGCAUACGCCUCUGACGUGGGUGAUCUCCAAUCUCCAAGAUUUGUGGAGCUUAAGACGAUCUGUGUUUAUCGAAUUCAAAAAUGAUGAUUUCGGAGAUGACAAUUGCUCCCCGGAUCGCAAAGGAGACAUCUCGGCCUGUCGCAUCGCAAUAAGGGGAAGGCGCCACUCCUGCCGACUGCAUUUCACCAACCUCUGCAGGAUCGAUAUAAUCUCCCUCUACCAGCGCCGAAGCCACAUCCUCCGGAUACGAUACUCCACGCCUUGCCCCUCACUUCCAGCUGAUCUCCAGCUCACUCAACCCACCAUGCCACCUGCACCACCAAACCUAACCCCCCUCUUCACAACCCUCGAGGAAAAAUUCUCCGCCGCAGGCUUCGACCCCAGCCGCUGGCCCAUCCUCGCAAUCGCAACCCUCACAGCCUCAACGGAACCAGACCAAGCCCACCAACUCUACACAUACCUCACCUCCAAACCCGAAUAUGCCUCCCCGGAAUCCCGACAAGCGCUCGUCCGCCGCCUCCGCGAAGCCCUCGUGAAAUCCAUCUCCAUCGUCGGCGUCUGCAAGCCCAUCGAGUCGAUACUGUCUAUUGCGAGUGUUGAGCGCGAGGAGGAUCGCGAUUAUACAUCUACCCGUGAAGGGUGGCAGUGCAAUGAAGCGAAUCACCAGCGCGGGAUAGACUGGUUUAGUAAACUGUACAAGGGGAACUCCGGGACGACGAUCGGGCUCUUCGAUGCGCAUAAGGAUUUCGCGUGGAUUAGCCAGGAGAUUACGUAUGGAUUUUAUCUAUCUGAUCGGAAGAUCUUGGAUGAUCUCGACACGCAGCUUGUUGUGCUGCCCGGGAUUAUGAUUCAGAAUCUGAGGCUCGAGACGCAUUGGCAUAUUCGCGGGACGAGGAGGCUUGGGGUUAGUAAGGAGAAGGUGCAGGUUGUUUGGGAGUGUGUCAAGGAUGUGGCAGAUUUCUUGGGGAUGAGGGUUGAUAAAGUUCCAACUGUAGACGAUGUUGAAAGUGACGUUUGA